CAGCGGAGCCCAAGACGGCGGAUGAACGGAGCCGAGCGUGUGUGUCGCCCUUGUCGUUUUUUACAGCAGCUGAAAGCAGCAGCGUCCGGCAGCCCGUAACCUGCCCGAAAAUGAUGCUCAAACUCGUCCAUCUCCUCGGGGUGCUCGUCUGCGGCAGCCAAGCCGCACUGCAGGUGUCCAUAUCGUUGAACAAAGUGGAGUUAAGUGUCGGAGAGUCCAAGUUCUUCAUCUGCACAGCUAUUGGCGAGCCGGUGAGACUGGAGUGGUACAACCCCCAGGGCGAGCGCAUCGUGCCCUCCAAGCGGAUGGCGCUCCACACGGAGACGUCACGAUCCAGGCUCAUCAUUUACAACGCCAUCAUUGAGGACGCGGGUAUCUACCGCUGCCAGGCCACUGACGCCAGCGGCCACACCGAAGAGGCCUCAGUCGUGCUGGAGAUCUACCAGAGGCUGACGUUUCGGGAUGUCCAGUCACCGCAGGAGUUCCGCCAUGGUGAGACGGCGGAGGUGGUCUGCGAUGUCAUUAGCUCACCAGUGCCUGUGGUGGUGUGGUACUACCAGGACAAAGAAAUCACUGAGGAGCACCACAGCAGGUUCCAGGUGCUGGCAAACAACAACCUGCAAAUCCAUCAGGUGACCAAGGCUGAUGAGGGCGUGUACCGCUGCGAGGCCAGCGUAGAGGCACGUGGGGAGAUUGAUUUUGUGGACAUCGCUGUGGUAGUCAAUGUCCCUCCGGUGUUGUCAGUGUUCCAGCCAUCCUUCAAUGCCACAGCCGACUACCAGGAAUCAGUCACCUUUACUUGCAUCACCUCCGGAUCUCCUGACCCUGUGGUCACAUGGCACAGGAAAGGGCAGCUGCUGGAGCCAUCGGAGCAGUAUAUUUUCAACAGGCUGGAAGGCGGGCGUAGCAUGUUAACCAUCCGCAACAUUCGGCAGGGUGAUGGGGGCACCUACACCUGCAAGGCCACUAACAAGGCAGGAUCUCAAGAAAGGGAGAUCUUCCUGAAAGUGUUUGUCCAGCCCCAUAUCACCCAGCUGAAAAACGUGACAGCCGUAGAGGGCAGCGCCGCCAUGAUCUCCUGUGUGGCUGAGGGCGAGCCUCUGCCCGAUAUUUCCUGGAGGAGAGCCAGCGACGGCCAGACCUUCGUGGAUGGAGACAAGAGUCAGGAUGGACGUUUUGAAGUCCGUGGUCGUCACGGCAAGUCGGUGCUGACCAUCAGCGGCGUGAGGCUUGCAGACUUGGGUCGAUUUGACUGCGAAGCGCUGAGCAGGAUCGGAGGUCAUCAGAAGAGCAUGUUCCUGGACAUUGAGUAUAUACCGAAGUUCCUGACCAACCACACCAUCUAUUACUCUUGGGAAGGGAACCCGGUGAACAUAAGCUGUGACGUGAUGUCCAACCCUCCUGCCACCAUGCUGUGGAGGAGAGAACGCUUCACCAUCUCUGCAGAGGGAACUGCCAACACGCGGGUCCACAGUGUAGACGGCAAGUCUGUGCUGGAGGUGACUCCUAUGUCUGACAGGGACUUUGGCCGCUACAACUGCACAGCCAGGAACAACAUUGGAGUUCGAUACCAGGAGUUCAUCCUGGCCCAGGCAGAUGUACCAUCAAACCCAUACUCGGUGCGUCUCUCAGCCGUUUCCCAGCGCUUGGCGACUGUCACCUUCAUGAAGCCUGACUCGCAUGGCGGCGUCCCCAUUAGCUACUACCUGGUCCAGUACAAGGAGGUCGGCUCACAGGACUGGAGGGACGUCAAGUCGCACAGCAUCCAGACAACAGUGGUGCUGACAGGGCUGGAGCCCAACACGACGUACGAGGUCCGAGUGGCAGCUGUCAACGGGAAGGGUCAGGGAGAGUUCAGCCACACGGAGACCUUCCAGACUUUACCCAUCCGAGAGCCAAGUCCGCCGGCAGUCCACGGGCAGAGAGGAAUGGGCCACACCUACAGGCUGGGGUUGGUCAAGCAGGACGACGGAGGGAUGCCCAUCGUGGAGUAUAUAGUCAAGUACAAGACUGAUAAAGAGGAACAGUGGAUGACCAAGCUCGUCCCGGGAGCGAAUGAUUUUGCGAUGCUGCAGCCGCUGCAGUGGAACACAAGAUAUGAAGUGGAAAUCACAGCACGCAACGUCAAGGGCCUGUCAGAGCCCACCUUCUAUCAGUUCUUCAUGCCACAGAAACCCGACAUUACAGCAGAAUCCCUGUUCAGCGGCCUGGGGCUGGGGACGGUGGUGGGCCUGGGCCUGGGAGCACUGCUGCUGCUCCUCGUACUGGUGGACGUCAGCUGCUUCUUUCUGCGUCACUGCGGCCUGCUGAUGUGCAUCACACGCACGCUGUGCAGCAAGAAAACAGCCACCAGCGGCAAGGGCAAAGAAAUCGAAGAGGGCAAGGCUGCCUACCUGAAGCUACCGCUGAAGGAAGAAAAUGGAAAAGAGUCUCUCAAGCCGGAUACGAUUGAAAUCAAAGUGCACAGUGACAACAGCAUCCACACAAAGCCCGACGACAGCAAAGCGUAAAAGGGUCGGUCCCCUCGGCACCAAAAGAACAUUCGGAUCACGAGACCAAAACCCAGAGAAAC